GAGCAGGAUGUUCAUUUCUCCUGCUGGGCGAUCAACCACGCAGAUGACCGCGCUGGACGCAACGUGUAGUAUGUUAUAUAACUAUUCAUCCGGCGGCUCUGCACAGACAAAGGACUCAUGGCAGAGAAACACUCCCAGCCCGGCUUCAGCCAGCGUCACGCGGCCGAGGCGGUGCGGCGGCUCUACGGACUGAGCCCGUCGCACGUGCGCCCGCUGCCCAGCUACGACGACCAGAACUUCUACGUGGCGACCGCGGACGGCGGCGAGUACGUCCUGAAGAUCAUGAACUCGCAGGACAGCAAGGAGCCCGCCCUGGUGGACGUGCAGACCCACGCCAUGGCCUUCCUGCACCAGAACGGACUUCCGGCCCAGACCGCCGUGCGCACGACCUCAGGGCUGCUCAUGAGUCUGGAGGAAGCAGACUGCGGCUUCGGUUCUCAGAAGUACCUGGUGCGUCUGCUGACAUAUUUGCCCGGGACCACUAUUUCCAAGGUUCCUCUAACUCCGAGGCUGCUGUACGAAACGGGCAGGACCGCAGCCAGAAUGGACCAGGUUCUCCAAAGGAUGGAGCACCCUCACCUCGGCGUGUUGCAGAGGGAGAAUUUCCGGUGGAGUCUGUCCAGCGUCCCCCUCCUGGAGGCCUACGUUAACGUCUUGGACGGAGAUCCGCUGCAGGACGUCGUCAGGUCUGUCAUUCAUCAGUUCAAGACCUGCGUGAUCCCAAAACGCUCCGGUUUCCGCAAGUGCAUCAACCACGGCGACUUCAACGACCUCAAUAUUCUUGUGGAGCCGUGCGGUGGCGGCGACUACAGGAUUUCUGGCAUCCUUGACUUCGGGGACAUGAACAGUGGCUACUACAUCCAUGAGCUCGCCAUCGCCAUCAUGUACAUGAUGACGGAGCAUCCCACACCCGUGGAGGUGGGGGGGCCCGUCCUGGCCGGCUGGGAGAGCGUCCUCCCCCUCAACCGGGCCGAGAGGGACUGCCUCUAUGUGCUGGUGCUGUCCCGGUUCUGCCAGUCGAUCGUUCUGGCCCGCCACACCGUGGCGCUGCACCCGGAGAACGCGGAGUACCUGCUGAUAACGUCCAGGAAGGGGGUGCGCACCCUCCGCUCGCUGUGGGAGCUCGGGAAGGAGCGCGUGGAGCAGCUGUGGUUCGAGGCUGCUGCUCGGUUCAGCGACGGACGCUAGGAGAGCGGGCGAUUCACAGGAUGAAGAGACGUUGAAGUGUGUCUGAAUCAGAGAUGGGCAGAACCACUGGUACUGUAUGAUAGUACAGUAGCUGGGUGUGAAACUGACACAGGCCACUGUCUCCCUCUAAACUCUCACUAUAAUGGACUCUGAUGCUUCUGAUGCACAGUCUGAGGUAGUUUGUGUGUAAACUAUUUUGUUUAUCUCUGUUUUGGUAAAGGAGGUAUUUGAUAUUGUGCAGUGAAUCAUAGUUGAAUCAACGUCAUGUUAUGGUCGAAAGACCAUUGGAUUAUGUGUUGACUUUGAAAGGUAAAUCAACGUUGAUGGGGCAACAUUGAUUUAACGUUGAUCAAACGUUGUUUGUUGUUACAUCAGCAUCACAAAAACGACUGACAUUAUUUCAAGUUUCAUAGUUUAACUUCAGUUGACGUCGGUUGAAGGUCAGUUGAAGGUCGGUUGAAGGUCAGUUGAAGGUCAGAUGGUCAGUUGAAGGUCGGUUGAAGGUCGGUUGUGUGCCUGCUGGGGUGGUUCUUGUGGUUCGACUGAAGGUUCAGCUCCUCAUAACACAAUCGACUGUUUACAUCACAUCUCAAGCUACAACACUUGACAAAUAAAUGCACUUAUUGGUUAUUUUUUAUUUAAAGCAAAGCCAAUGCUGUAAUGGUUAUAUGUGGGCUGAAUUGCAGUAACUAGGACUUGACUUUGACUCAACUGAAAUCUAAAUUUUAUAAACUCAGACUGUGUUUUAAGCUUUAGGUCCAGCUGUUUGAAUUUCUAUUUCCUCAAUAAAGAAAGUUACUCUAUUAAA